AUGUUUAGUUCUGUGUGGUCUGUAAAUUCCUCAGGUAUAAUUUUCUUCAAUUUUUGCAGGUAUAAUUUUAAAAUAUAUGAGUUGGUUCUGUCGCUGGUAUUUGCCAUUGAGGAGAUCAACAGGAACCCUCACAUUUUACCCAACAUAUCUCUGGGAUUUGAUUUUUAUAAUGUCCCAUACAGUGAGAAAAUCAUUCUUAUAAAUCCCAUUAUUUGGGCCACAGGCCUUAAGUAUCCCUUCUAUAAUUAUUACUGUGAAAAGGAAAGAAAGUCAGUUGCUGCACUAACAGGACCAUCAUGGGCAAAAUCAGCCCAUAUUGGGAGACUGCUUCAGCUCUACAAAUUUCCACAGCUCACUGUUGGUCCUUUUGAUCCUAUCUUGAGUGACAGAGGUCAGUUUACUUCUCUCUAUCAGUUGGCCCCCAAAGACACAUCUCUGUCUCUUGCCAUGGUCUCUUUGAUGCUUCAUUUUGGCUGGACCUGGGUUGGUAUGUUUAUCCCAGAUGACCACAGAGGGACUCAGUUUCUAUCAGAUAUCAGAGAAACGAUGGAGACUAAUGGAGUCUGCAUUGCUUUUGUUGAAAUGAUCCAAAUCACCUGGAAUUCAUAUCCAUACAAAAACUGGAAAAGUCUUGGCAUGGUCAAGGAGUCAUUGGCCAAUAUCAUCAUCAUUUAUGGUGAGAAUGAUUCACUACAAGGUUUAAUGAGUAAUCUAGGGCAACAGUUUUUGGCAAGCAAAGUCUGGGUUAUGACUUCUCAAUGGGACUUUACUAAUAUCGCUGAUUUUUUCUUGCUAGAUUCAUUCCAUGGAAGUUUCAUUUUUUCACACCCCCAUGAGCAGGUUACUGAAUUUAAAAAUUUCAUCCAAACAGUUAAUCCUUAUAAAUACCCAGAAGACAAUUACCUUCCUAAAUUGUGGUUUUUGUUCUUCAAGUGCUCAUUUUCAGAGUUGGAUUGUCAUCUUUUGGAGAACUGCCAAUACAAUGCUUCUUUGGAAUUCUUACCUAGACACAUUUUUGAUACAGCAAUAAAUGAAGACAGCUACAAUACAUACAAUGCUGUUUACACUCUGGCCUACAGUCUCCAUGAGAUGAGUCUUCAGCAAGUACAAAUUCAACCAUUUGGAAAUAGGGAAAGCAUGGUGUUCCUCCCCUGGCAGCUUCAUCCUUUCUUGAAGAAUAUGCAUGAGGGAGUCAAUAUGGCCUUAGAAUGGAAACAAAAUUUACAUGAUAAUAAGUAUGAUAUUCUAAACUUUUGGAAUUUUCCAAAGGGUCUCGGACAAAAAGUGAUAGUAGGAACAUUUUUGCCCAAUGCUCCCAAUGGUCAACAGUUGUCUUUAUCUGAGCAGAUGAUAAAAUGGCCAAAAUUAUACUCAGAGAUUCCUAAGUCUGUGUGCAGUGAGAGCUGUGUGCCUGGUUUCAGGAAAAUUUCCCUGGAGGGCAAGGCUGUUUGCUGCUAUGAUUGCAUUCCUUGUGGAGACAAUGAGAUUUCCAAUGAGACAGAUAUGGUAAAGUGCAUCAAGUGUCCAGACAGUCAUUAUGCAAACACAAAGAAGAAACACUGCCUCCAGAAAGUCGUGAGUUUUCUUGACCAUAAGGACCCCUUGGGGAUGUCUCUCACAACCAUAGCUUUGUGCUUCUUUGUCCUCACAGCUGUGGUUCUUGGACUCUUUGUGAAGCACAGAGACACUCCAAUUGUCAAGGCUAAUAAUAGGACCCUCAGUUACAUGUUGCUCAUCUCACUCAAGGUCUGUUUCCUAUGUUCCUUGCUCUUUAUUGGCCAUCCCAACACUACCACCUGUAUCCUACAGCAGAUCGUAUUUGGAGGUGCUUUCACUGUGGCUCUUGCCACUGUGUUGGCCAAAGCUAUCACUGUGGUUAUUGCCUUCAAGGUUACCAUUCCAAGGAGGGUGGUGAGGUGGUUAAUAAUAUCAAAGGCUCCAAACCUUAUAAUCCCUGUAUGUUCUCUGGUCCACCUUGUCUUCUGUGGAAUCUGGAUAGGAACAUCUCCUCCCUUCCUUGACAAAGAUGCUCAUGCUCAACAUGAAUAUAUCAUCCUUGUAUGUAACAAGGGCUCAGAUUUUGCCUUCCAUGGUAUAUUGGGAUACCACUGCACCUUGACACUUGGAAGUUACAUUAUGGCUUUUUUGUCUCGGAAUCUGCCAGACACAUUCAAUGAAGCCAAGUUUCUAUCAUUCAGCAUGCUGGUGUUCUUCUGUGUCUGGGUCACAUUCCUACCUGUUUACCAUAGCACUAAGGGAAAGGUCAUGGUGGCUAUGGAAGUCUUCUCUAUCUUGGCUUCAAGUGCAGCCCUCCUUGGUUUCAUUUUUGGCCCCAAGUGUUACAUUAUAUUAAUAAGGCCAGAUAAGAAUUCAAUAUAUCAUAUCAGGAAUAGGCCACAUUCUGAAAGUAAAAACCCUCUCAAAACCUAG